GAGGUGAUGAAUAUUCUUAAGAAGGCGAUCAAUGCCCCACCUAGUCUCAGAUGGACAGACGCUGACGUUUGCAAAUGGCGACAAGUGAAUUGCAACGCUGGAAAACGUGUGAUUUCCAUCCAGAUUGGGAACUUGAAUUUGCAAGGUUUGCUUCCAAAAGAACUCGAGAAUCUCUCAGAGUUGCAGCAAUUUGAAUGCCCACAGAACAAUCUGACGGGUCAAUUUCCAUAUCUAUCCAAGACACUACAAAGACUUGUGAUCCCAGAUAACAAGUUCAGUUCCAUCCCCAGUGACUUCUUUAAAGAAAUGACAAUGUUACAAGAAGUAAGAAUUGGAAAUAACCCAUUUUCGCCAUGGUCUAUCCCAGACAGUCUCAAGGAUUGCGUAGCACUCCAGACAUUCAUUGCAACAAAUGCAAAUUUGGUUGGAACAAUCCCAGAUUUUUUGGGUACUAUGCCAGGUUUAAUUUCUUUAGUCUUGAAUUCUAAUAGUCUUGAAGGUGGGCUGCCCGUGAGUUUUGCGAAUAGUUCAAUUGAGGAGCUUUUGUUGAACACACAAAAUGGUAACUAUAAACUCAAUGGCACAAUUAAGGUGCUACAAAACAUGACAUCCUUAAAGAAAGUUUGGCUACAUGGUAAUUCAUUUACAGGUCCAAUACCAGACUUGUCAAACCAUGGUCAGUUGUUUGAUGUGAGUGUAAGGGACAACCAACUGGCAUGUGCAGUCCCAUCAUCUCUCAUGGCUCUUCCAAGAUUGCAGGUUGUGAAUUUGACUAACAAUUUCCUUCAAGGCCCCAUUCCAACAUUUAAAUCGAGUGUGGUUGUUGAUGUGUCUGGGAUUAAUCGGUUUUGCACAAACAUCACAAAUCAGCCAUGUAGUUCUCUUGUGAAUGCUUUACUCUCUGUUGUUGAACCCUUGGGAUGUCCAGUGAAAUUGGCUCAUAAUUGGAAGGGCAAUGAUCCCUGUAAUGGUAGCUGGACAGGAAUAGUGUGCUCUGGGGGGAACAUUUCAAUUGUUAAUUUUCAAGAUAUGGGUUUAUCAGGCACGAUUUCUCCAACUUUUGCCUCACUUACUUCUGUGACAAAAUUGCUUCUUGCCAAUAAUUCACUUAUGGGCCCUAUACCAAAUGAGCUCACUACCAUGCCCAAUCUACGAGAGCUAGAUGUUUCAAAUAACAAUUUAGAAGGUUAUGUGCCAUCUUUUCCUAAAAAAGUCAUGAUUAUUAGGAAAGAUGGGAAUCCUAAUCUUGGAAAACCUCUUAAAUCACCUAGCUCAAGUUCUAGGGGCAAUGGUACUAAGAAAAAGGACCAGCUUUCUACAUUCAUUGCGGGCAUUGCCGUUGGUUUAAUGAUUUUACUUAUUAUAUUGGUCAUAGUUUCUUACGUGAUUGUUAAAAAACGUAAUUAUUUUGGCAAAUUUAGAGGUCUGAUAACGAAGUUAAUACGUCCUCGUGAUGGUGAUGUUGGAAAAGGCAUGAAGAUUUAUGUUGAAGGUGCUGGUGCUCCUAGUCAAGCUGAUGUUCAAGGUAUGGUAAUUCCAAUUCAAGUUUUGAAAGAAGUCACUAACAAUUUUAGUAAUGCAAACAUACUUGGAAAGGGUGGAUUUGGCAGUGUGUACAAAGGUGAACUACAUGAUGGAUCAAAGAUUGCAGUGAAAAGAAUGGAAUCAGGAUUGUUGCUGGAGAAGGGACUAAAUGAAUUCCGAGCUGAAAUUGCAGUGCUUACGCAAGCUCGUCACAAACAUUUGGUGGCACUUCUGGGAUAUUGCUUGGAUGGAAAUGAGAAGCUUCUUGUUUAUGAAUACAUGCCCCAAGGAGCACUGAGUAAGCAUUUAUUUAGGUGGAAAGAGAAUGGGUUGGAACCUCUGGAUUGGACAAGAAGACUAAACAUUGCCUUGGAUGUAGCUAGAGGCGUUGAGUAUCUUCAUGCCUUAGCUCAACAAAGUUUUAUUCAUAGGGAUCUUAAGCCAUCCAACAUUCUUCUGGGGGACGAUAUGCGAGCUAAAGUAUCAGACUUUGGAUUAGUCCGGCUUGCUCCUGAAGGAAGAAAUUCAGUUGAAACAAGGCUGGCCGGAACUUUCGGAUAUCUUGCACCUGAGUAUGCAGCAACUGGGCGUGUUACUACAAAGGUUGAUGUGUAUAGUUUUGGAGUAGUUCUGAUGGAGAUGAUAACGGGGAGGAGAGUGCUUGAUGAUAGCCUGCCAGAGGAAGACUUCCACUUGGUUAUGUGGUUCCGACGAAUGAUGCAGAACAAUGACUCGUUUCGAAGGGUCAUUGAUCCUAUCAUUGAUGCUGAUGAUGAAGCAACCAUGUGCAGCAUUAGGACUGUCUCAGAGCUGGCUGGCCAUUGCUGUGCGAGUGAGCCUCAUCAACGUCCAGACAUGGGCUAUAUAGUGAACUUACUCUCGCCUCUUGUCCAGGAAGCAUGGAAGCCCAUGGAGUCAAGUUCCUCUGAUGAUGGCAAGUAUGGCAUUGAUUUUGACAUGAGUUUGCCCCAAGCACUUAGCAAAUGGCAAUCUUUGGAAGGAAAAAGCUGUUCAAUGGUGAAAGGAUCUUCUUCGCAAUCAUUUGUCACAAAAUAA